CGAGCCAGCUCCACGUUCCAGAGAGAUCGGGUGCUGCCCACUACAGGAGACAGUGCCUGGACCCAGCUGCCACGGCGAGCCCUCUUCCAGACCUCUCCAGGGCUCAAGAGGGCUGCCAGACCAGGCGGGUGACCUCAGCGAGUCUCCUCAACCCCCUUGGGCCUCAGUUUACUCUUCUGAAGAAUGGACGGAGUCCAUAGCUGGCGAGGCCGGUGAGCAGGGCGAGGCCAGGCCCUGCCCGAAAGGACCCCAGAGUCCUUCACCGGCCCCCGAGCUCCAGAGCCCACCAGGCUCUCCUGCUGGCCCCACCAUGACAUCAGAGUCAACAUCACCGCCAGUGGUGCCACCCCUCCACUCCCCCAAGUCCCCCGUCUGGCCCACGUUCCCCUUCCACAGGGAGGGCAGUAGGAUCUGGGAACGUGGUGGUGGCAUCGCUCCUCGGGACCUGCCCAGCCCUCUGCCUACCAAGCGGACCAGGACAUACUCAGCGACAGCUCGAGCCUCGGCCGGCCCCGUGUUCAAGGGCGUCUGUAAGCAGUUCUCCCGCUCCCAGGGCCACGGCUUCAUCACCCCUGAGAAUGGCUCCGAGGACAUCUUCGUGCAUGUUUCUGACAUCGAGGGGGAGUACGUGCCCGUGGAAGGAGACGAGGUGACCUACAAGAUUUGUCCCAUCCCACCCAAGAACCAGAAGUUUCAGGCUGUGGAGGUGGUGCUUACCCAGUUGGCUCCCCACACCCCCCACGAGACAUGGUCUGGCCAGGUUGUGGGAUCCUAGGCAGGUGGGGGUAUCCCCACGAGGAGGCAGGCAGCAGCCAGUCUGUGCCCCCACUGUGCUGCUGACCCAGCCCUUGGGUGUGCUUGUUUGUCUGCCUGUCUGUCUGUGCUUGUGGCUGUGAAUGUGUGCUUCCACCAGUGACCCGUGACUUGUAUGAUCCGGCCUAGGGUUGGAUGGAGUGCAGCUACUAAGCCGUGUUUCUCCUUCCUCCCAACUCUGCCACGUACACACACCUUCUCACCCUCUUGCCCACUAUCUAUACACUGAGUCUCUGUGGGUCUGCGUCAUGUUCUUGAGAACCCAGGGGGACCCCUCUCCUGUGAGCCUGUUCCUUACUGCUGUCUCCGGUACCCGGGCCUGUCUGCUUGUGUUCCUGUCUCCUGUGCUGGACCUGGGUUAUCUACCACAGCCUGGACCCUUCCUCUCACAAGCCAGGCCUCUGAGCACUUUGUAGGGACCUCCUUUAGGGAGGAAGAGGGCAAAACGUGGAGGUUCCUGGCCAAUCCCUGCCAUAACCUGCCCAGUUCAUCUUCCUGUCCCCGCUUGUUUGGUGCCCUGAGGAGAACAUGGCUGCAAGCAGGAGGGAACUUUAGCACUCCUGUUGUGUAGGCCAGUCCUCUCUCCUCAGCUGUCAGAUGAAUUUUGAACCUCACGGAGCUGAGGAAGCCAAGCUCACUCACUCACUCCCUGAGGUGAGGUGGGGACAGGGUUUCCCUCCAGCUUGCUCUUCUACCCGGGAUGCACAAACCCCGCGGAUGCCCUGCCCAUUGCUGGCCAUGACAGCAGCUGAGGAUGCAGCGAUGGACUGACAUGUCACCUCAGGAAAGGCCAGGUCCAGGCACCCAAAGGAUGGGUCCUCAGCCAGGGAGACCACUGGCUUUGCCUCCUCUCACCCAUGAGGUCCUCUUCCCAGAGCGAUGCGAUGGCUCUCAUAAGCCCCUGACAGGUCAGCAGCUGAGGUGGCUCUUAUCUCUCUUGUCCCCAAGUAUGACUGUCCCUCUUCCCUGGAGUCCCUUUGGAGCUGUGUCCCUUCUAGAGAGCCAGUUACUUAACCUUGAGGAUAAGUGAGGUCACAGGCUCAGGAAGGGCCUGGCACAAUAGUGACCUUUAUGAGACCCAGCCCAGAAGUAAAAUGUGGGCACAGAUAGCCAGGAUGAAGGGGUCAGUGGUUGCGAGGUAGCCUUGUAGGCGUUCCAGGACCACAGGGUAGUCACUUGGGGCAUUUGCACCCUAACUUGUCCUAGUACCCUUUGCACAGAGGCCAGCAGCCUAGAGCUGCUAACAAGUGCUGGCCAGUCCUCCACCCUGGGAAGGACCUGUCUGAUACCCCACUGUGAGCUAGGCUUCUCCAGCAAAGCCUAUCCCUGGAGACCGGUCCUCAGCAACCUUGAGGACUGGAGUUCAAAUCUCCAGCAAGCCUGUAACCCAGGACUGUUAUAAAGACACAGGUAGAUCCUUUGACAAGGAACUUGUUGGUUCAGGUGAACCCCAGGGCCACUCAGCCCUCUCUGUUGUGAGCAGGUCCUUAGCAGUCAUCACCUUGAGGCUGCCCGAGUGGUAGGGACAACAGACCUCCUCCCUACUCUUGGGCCCUGCAGCGCCAAGUCAGAAACUUUCCCACUCAGACCCCAGCCACGGAUUCCCCAUCCCUCCUGACACUGGCAAUAAACUCAACUGUGACCCACCCUG